UCAAGCGUUUUACAAAGUUUAUAAUCUUUUCAUUGGUUUGGGAAUCGUUUAUAUUGUGUUAUCGAUUUAUUUUUCAAUGGUGGUAGCUGCCUAUGGACGACAUAAGCGCGAGGAAGAGGAGAGUAAUGCAGAGCAGGAUCAACAACCUGUUUAUUAUGAAUAUCGAUAUUAUUAUACAUAA